GACGCCGAGCCGCGGAUGGGCAGGAAGGGCAGCCGGCGUCUCCGCUGCCUUUCCUCCUCUCGCCGCCGCCGCCUCCUGCUCGGCAGCCGGCCGCCUCCUCGCCCCAGCUCGCCCCGCCGGCAGGAGCGCGACAGCUCGCGGGCAGGGCGCAGGUGCGAGGCAGGCCCGGCGGGGACGGGCUCGGGGACGAGCGGCCGCGCUGAGGGAGGGCGCCGGCCUCCCCCGCCGUCCUGGGAAGGGGCGGGAGGGCCCCCGGCCGGCUAUGGUAGCCCCUGGCCUUUGAGCGGCGUCGGCCGCGCCCCCUUGCCGAUGGCCGAAGCCUGGAGAUUGGAGGAGGACGAGGAGGAGCUGCGGGAGCUGGGCAGGAGGCACCGCCGGGCCCUGGGCUCGGCAGCAGAUCGCUCUGAAAGAAACAAACCAGACUGCCGCUCUUCAGGCCAAGGACCCUUGUCAUCCAUAAGAGCAGCAAUCAAGAGAUCUUCUCGAACUUCUAGCCACAGUGAACAGCAGAGGGAUAGAAGGCGUCCUGAAAUUACAAUAGUUGCUGCUGAACCCCUGCGGCCAUCCUCCUGGUUUCCAGGUGCAAGUCCUGUUGCUCCUCAAGGAUUAGGAUUCUCUUCUGCUUCACCUCAUGCUCAGUGGAGGACAAAUGAGCUUAUUCCAGCUGAGCUUCCUCCAUCUUAUGAGCAGGUGAUAAAGGAAAUAAAUCAAGUGCAAGUGAAUACAACAAAUAACAAUAAUGCUGCUGCUCCUAGGCAUACCACUUCUUCUGCAACACAAACUGACUUUCCACAGGAAUUAAUCAGCCGUUUGCCAGGAAGUAAUGAGAAGAGCAGUGUGCCUACACACGGGGAAUCUACCAACUAUCCAGUAGGGCCAGGUCUUCUGAAACCUCCUAGGCCUUCUGCACCUCUCUUGAACAGAUCUUCAGAAAAUGAGACUUCCUUAUUAGUUAAUGAAAAUUCCGAAGAUCAGAGGCACCAAGAAAAUCCCAAUGCUGUGAUAUGUCCUGUGCCAAAGCCAAGAUCAAGAAGCAAUCUCAGACCUGUAGUCAAAAAUACUCAAAGUCAGAUAGGAGACAAUGGAGAAGAAGUGAACCAGUCUGACACGAAGAGGCUGCAACUUUCAGUUCAGCAGUCGUCUGUCUUAGAUGAUAGUUUACUAGACAAUCACUUGACAGUGGACAGCAUGAGUACAGGCAAGAGCCAAAGUAGUAUUGUUUCAAGGAUCAAAGUUUUUGAAACCCAAGGAGCUAAUGAUACCUCAGGAUUAUUAAAGAAACCAGAAAUUGCCCCUCGUACAUUCACCACAAGACCUGUACCUGCAAAGAAGCCAGUAAUUGCUCCAAAGCCAGGGGUAGACAGAAUUUCGGGAGAGUGGGAUGCAUGGACAGAAAGCAAACCAAUACCUUCUUCCAGAGAAUUGCAGCUUCAACCUGAAGCUGUUGGGAGUAGUGUUGCAACCAAACCUGAACUGCCAAAGAAACCCAAACCUGGCCUUGAAAAAAGUAGCAGUAGCGAUUUUCUUGAUGCAAAGAGUGGCUCAGUUGCAGACAACAGCCAUGAACAAAGAAAGUUUCCUGUUCCCGCUCCAAGGCCUCUUAUUCCUAAGAAGUCACAUUCUGCAGAAAAUCCUGCCCUUUCUUUGGUCCCUCUAAAACCUAUCUCUGCUCCACCACGGACUUCUGUAUCUGCCCAGGAGAAGGCUUUCAAGUCUGUGGGGGAAUUGUCACCCACAGAGCACUCCUCAGCACCUGCUUCGCAAAGUAAGCUAGAUCUGGGAGGAGAUCUGAUCAGUUUUGAUGAUGAUGUUUUGCCUCUAAGUCCAUCUUGUGCAGUUAAAGACAGCAUCAGUUGUGAAGCAGCAGCAGAUCCAUUCCAGUUCCUUCCCAAAAUCGAACCGGCAAAGGAGCAGGCGGCUCAACCAGCUGUAGCACGGAAACCCACUGUUAUCCGAAUCCCAGCUAAACCUGGAAAAUCUUUAGAUGAAAUCCCACAUAGCCCUCCUCCACUUCCUGCUGAAAAGCCUAUUGGCAACACCUCUGACAUCGCAGUGGGCAAACCCAACAGUGGUGACCUAGUACAAAACAUGGAUUUGAAUAAUUCAGAACAGGCUGGAGCAUCUCAACUAGAACCUGCAUUACCCCCAAGGCCUGUGGAUGGAAAAAUUAUACCAGCUCGACCUCCUCCACCUAAAGGUGUUCCUGGAAGGCCACCUCCACCAAAACUCUCUGCAACCAAGACCUCCUCCCAGAAGGAUGCUCUUUCCCGAUCCACUUCUUACGUUGCUUAUGAUAAAAAGCCAAGCAAGCUCAGAUUGGGACCCAAGAGAACAAAAAGCCAAGUCAUAAAAAAACAAGAUCCAGCUUUACCUCCUAGACCUAGGCCAGGUCAUCCCCUCUACAAUAAAUACAUGCUGUCUGUGCCUCAUGGAGUUGCCAAGGAAAAUUGCCUUCCCAGAAACCGUGGAGAACUGUCUCAUAAGGAUUCAAACAACUCUCCAAAAGUUUCUGACACAAGUGCUCCCCAUGCUGUAGCACUGCAUGAUUUUUCUGCAGAGCACGCUGAUGACUUGGACCUUCGUUCUGGAGAUACUGUUUAUCUUUUGGAGAGAGUUGAUGCCAAGUGGUACAGAGGAAAAUGUGGGAAUCGCACAGGGAUAUUUCCUGCCAGCUUUGUUCAAGUGAUUGUUGAUAUUCCAGAAGAUGGCAAAAGGAAAAAAAUACCCUGCUCCUCACAAUCCAUUAAAGGCCCAAGAUGUGUAGCACGAUUUGAAUACAUUGGAGAUGAGCGAGACGAACUCAGUUUUUCAGAAGGUGAAACAAUUAUCCUUAAAGAAUAUAUAAAUGAAGAGUGGGCCAAAGGAGAGCUCAGAGGCACGUCUGGAAUUUUUCCCUUGAACUUUGUGGAAGUAAUUGAAGAUCUGCCUGAAAAAGGUACAGGAGGAGCACUAAAGAAAAAGGCGGAGGUUUUUUCUCCCCUUCUUCAGAACAACCGAUGCUCAGUAGAAUGGUGUGAAGCACUUCAUGAUUUUACAGCAGAAACCAAAGAUGACUUAUCCUUUAGAAAGGGAGACCACAUCCAAAUACUGGAACAAGUAGAUUCUGAGUGGUAUAGAGGAAGACUGAAUGACAAGGAAGGGAUUUUCCCAGCAGUUUUUGUUCAGACCUGCUCAGCCAGGGUAGAGACAUCACAGUCUCUAGGAGGGAAGAAAAAAAAAGCCCAAGCUCUCUACGAUUUUCAUGGUGAAAAUGAAGAUGAGCUUUCCUUUAAAGCAGGAGAUUUUAUAACAGAGCUGGAAUCUGUAGACAAGGAUUGGAUGAGUGGAGAGAUACAAGGAAGAUCUGGGAUAUUUCCCAAAAACUUCGUUCAGAUUUUAAAAACACCAUGAAGUGUCCUGUCCUUGUACUCCCUGUGUCUGGGAGAGAAUGUUUUCACAAAGACAUCAAUGUAUUCUGACUAUCUAUGUUUUGCACUACUUAUUCUGGACAGUCAUAUGAGUAUCUUAAAGUCAAAAAAGAUUUUAGUCUUUUGUGACCACAUACUUAGUCAUGCUUCAGAAAAGCUCUGAGAGCAAAUACAUGCGCAAUUUUUAGUGGUCUCCAACUAGGGAAAUACUGUGGUGCAACAAGAUUUUAAAUAGUAUUCUGUUAUGUUUACUAUCUGGUAUUACAUUUAUCAUGCACACCCUUUGCAUAAAGUAAGCUUAUUUGAGCUUUUUAAGAACUGUUCAAAGUGAUGUUUUUAAUAUAUAAUUCCAGCAGUCGGUAUGUAGAUCAUGUUCAAUAUUCAGGUUUCUUUACUGCUUGACUCUCACGUUAGCAGGAUUCACUUACGAGUUAGAUAACUUACAGUAGAAAAAUGUCAAAUUAAACUGGUAAGAGGAAAAACUCAAAUCCGUGUGUAGUAUUCUCCUGUUCUUAGCCCAAACAGCUCAAAAAGGGAGAUCAGAAAAUAUUUAAGUAUUUUUCCUCUUAACUAAUAGCACUUACACUGGUUUGAACCAUGUUAAAUGUUUCUGCCCACCUCAAAUAUCUGCUCCAGAUAGAGCCUUAGUUUUCCUACUAUUCCCUCUUCAUCAAGCACCACCCUACCCUUUCCCAGCAGGAGUUGUGACGGACAGCAUUUACUCCAUUUUCUCAGUUCUCUUCCCAGCACAGCUAUACUAUUUCAACAAUUUGCUCCUCCACCCCCUUUUAUUUCAGUGGAAAGUCUGUCUGCAUUCAGUCUACAUUUCAUCUACUGCUCAAGCACUGGAACAUACUUCAGCAACACUAUUCCUAUCUGUAACUUGAAGGAUAUUAUGCAGCCUUGGUUUUGGCUUUCUGCAGGCACAGGGUUAGCUUUCAAGUUGUUAGCACGUACCAGCUAUACCAAGCAUCAUGAUAAAUGGUCUGUCACAGCUUUAAGGAUAAAAUGUCUUGCAAGACGUUGCUUCGAAGAAGCUCAAACAAAAUCAUUUAGUAAAGCAGGAGCAUGGCUUGAGCAACAGCACCUGACCUUGACUGAGGUAGCUGGACCUUCUGACAGUAAAUGCCAUUUUGUGACACUUUCUGACAGAGUUGUUAAAUAAGUCUUGAUUAGCAGAUAAUUUCAGACUGGAGGAGUAAAAAACUUCAUUGCAGUGCUGACAAUAUUCUAUUACUUUUGUACCAUAUAGGAAAAAGAAACAUCAAGUUGUUAUUAUGAGUCAUUACUUCAGAAGCAUAGAUAUGACAACA